GAGGGGCCGGGUGGAAAGUUGCGAGCGCUGAAGGCGGCGGCUCGUGCCAUGGAGCCUGGCCCUGCCGUGUCCCCUGGGCCUUCCCGCUCCUUCAAGGAGGAGCUGCUCUGCGCCGUCUGCUACGACCCCUUCCGCGACGCCGUGACUCUGCACUGCGGCCACAACUUCUGCCGCGGGUGCGUGAGCCGCUGCUGGGAGGUGCAGGUGACGCCCACCUGCCCGGUGUGCAAGGAUCGCGCGUCCCCCGCCGACCUGCGCACCAACCACACCCUCAACAACCUGGUGGAGAAGCUGCUGCGCGAGGAGGCCGAGGGCGCGCGCUGGGCCGGCCAUCGCUCGCCGCGCCUCUGCCGCCUGCACCGCGGCCAGUUCAGCCUCUUCUGCCUGGAGGAUAAGGAGCUUCUGUGCUGCUCGUGCCAGGCCGACCCCCGGCACCAGGGCCACCGCAUGCAGCCGGUGAAGGACACUGCCCAGGACUUCCGGGCCAAGUGCAGGAACAUGGAGCAUGCACUGCGGGAGAAAGCCAAGGCCUUCUGGGCCAUGCGGCGCUCCUAUGAGGCCAUGGCCAAGCACAAUCAGGUGGAGGCGGCCUGGCUGGAGGGCCGCAUCCGGCAGGAGUUUGACAAGCUCCGCGAGUUCUUGAGGGUGGAGGAGCAGGCCCUCCUGGACGCCAUGGCCGAGGAGACCCGGCAGAAGCAGCUUCUGGCCGACGAGAAGAUGAAGCAGCUCGCCGAAGAGACCGAGGCGCUGGCCCGUGAGAUCGAGCGGCUGCAGGUGGAGAUGAAGGAAGACGACAUUUCUUUCCUCAUGAAACACAAGAGCCGAAAACGGCGGCUCUUCUGCACCAUGGAGCCGGAGCCCGUCCAGGCUGGCAUGCUCAUCGACAUCUGCAAGUACCUGGACUCCCUGCAGUACCGCGUCUGGAAGAAGAUGAUCACAUCUGUGGAAUCUGUGCCCUUCAGCUUAGAUCCCAACACUGCAGCCGGCUGGCUCUCUGUGUCCGAUGACCUCACCAGCGUCACCAACCACGGCUACCGCGUGCAGGUGGAGAACCCGGAGCGCUUCUCCUCGGCGCCCUGCCUGCUGGGCUCCCGGGUCUUCUCGCAGGGCUCCCACGCCUGGGAAGUGGCCCUGGGCGGGCUGCAGAGCUGGCGGGUGGGCGUGGUGCGGGUGCGGCAGGACUCGGGUGCCGAGGGCCACUCGCACAGCUGCUACCACGACACGCGCUCGGGCUUCUGGUACGUGUGCCGCACGCAGGGGGUGGAGGGGGACCAUUGCGUGACCUCGGACCCGGCCACGUCGCCGCUGGUGCUGGCCAUCCCGCGCCGCCUGCGCGUGGAGCUGGAGUGCGAGGAGGGCGAGCUGUCCUUCUACGACGCCGAGCGCCACUGCCACCUGUACACCUUCCAUGCCCGCUUCGGGGAGGUGCGGCCCUACUUCUACCUAGGGGGCGCGCGAGGGGAUGGGCCCCCGGAGCCUCUGCGCAUCUGCCCCCUGCGUGUGUCCAUCAAGGAAGAGCUGGAUGGCUGAGCAGGCCGGGGUCUUGCACUGGGGGUCCUGUUUCCUUCCUACCGCUCCUCCGCAGCUCACCCUGCGUCAGUGUCUCCCGACUGUCUCACAGGACUCUCCCUGCGACUCCAGGCCCCAAGCCGCUUGCUUUUUUCUCUUCUCGCCUCUUGCCCCCCUUAAAAGCCACCUGGGAACCCCUUGAACCCAGGCUCUGUGGAGCCCUGGUACCUUCAGGAUGUGAAUUUUUAAAACCUCAUUCCAGGAUUUCUGGCGAUGUUAGCUUUUAGGAUGGACCUCUUAAUCUGGGAGACAGCUGCCCACUGAAAAAGUUGGUUGCUCAGUUCUCCAGGGGAUGGAGGGCUAACAAGGAAGUGCCAGCCAAAGGCAGGAGGCAGGAGAAGUGAGAAAAGCAUGGGCUGGUGCCCUGGCUGUGUUUAUCUGGGGGAAGGGGUGGGUAAGGCUGCCUGGGCAGGGCAGGCAGGUGCAGGAGUGACUGGCGUGAAUGGCUCUAGCAGCCCUGGGUCUUAGGGGCUGCCCUUGUGAUCUGAUCCUGGCCCUGGAGUGUGAGAGCCAUGUAGGCUGUGGGGCUGUAGCUCUGGGUAGCGUGGUUUGCACAGGGAAGGCACUCUUUCCAGCGAGCCGCUGGCUCUCUAGGAAUUGGUUGCAUGGGAAGGGCAUCUUUCCAUGGCCAAUGAGGCCUGGGAUGCUGGACAAGAAAAGAGCAUUCGUUCAGGGCAGCUGUUGUGUCUUUGGGAUAGGACCCAAGACUCAGCUAAUCCACCCCUUAUGUCAGUAUCUUUUUAUUUUCUUCUUAAAAGACUUAUUUAUUUAUUUGAAAGUCAGAGUUACAGAGAGAGAGAAGGAUAGGCAGAGAGAGAGAGAGAGGUCCUCCAUCUGCUGGUUCACUCUCCAAUUGGCCACAACGGCUGGAGCUGUGCCGAUCCGAAGCUAGGAGCCAGGAGCUUCCUCCAGGUGUCCCACGUGGGUGCAGGGGCCCAAGGACUUGGGCCUUCUUCUGCUCUCCCAGGCCAUAGCAGAGAGCUGGAUCGGAAGUGGAACAGCUGGGUCUUGAACCGGUGCCCAUAUGGGAUGCUGGCACUGCAGGCAGUGGCUUUACCCACUACUCCACAGCGCUGGCCCCCUUAUGUUUGUAUCUUAAAAGGGCUCCAUGUAGCCUCCCCGGGGGCCCCACAGGGUGGGAGACCAUAAUGUCCAUCCCCUCCAAUGUAUUUGUGCUUCUUGGACAACUUCCUCUGAAUAGAGGUUCCAGAGAACUGCAGAACAAAGUUCUGGAAACCGUGGUUCCAGCCUGUUCCCUCUCUGGCCUCAGUUUCCUCGUGUGUCCCUGUAGGGCUGAGGAUGAUGACGCUCUGUGAUCGCUGCACAGGAAAUCCUCCUGAGUCAUUUUCCCCAAGGCGUGCGGAGGAAGGGAAAGGGGAAGAAAGGGGUGCGGCCUGGGGGUGGCCCUGUGGCUGCCACCCUGGACACCAGGGGAGAGAAGGGAGGCAGACGCCGCACUCUUGCCUUUGCUGACUCAGGCUGCUCGUCCUUGCUGUCCCGACUCUUGGGUUUUCAUCCCAACUUCUCCCCACCACCACGCCCACAGACCUGUGCCUCCUCACAUGUGCCUGCAGAUCGUUUUUAAUUGCCAAAUCUCCCCGUGGCCCUGGAUCACCAUACCCCGGGAGGCAGCCUUGUAAAAGGACGUAGUUCCCUGUAGAAGUAGGGUUAACUGUCUGGGUGUGUUUCUGACCAAGGACUUGGCAUUCCACCUGUACCCUACCUCUCAGUACACACAAACAGGCAUUUGAAAGAAAAACUAGGACUUGUACCUAUACAUGUUGUGUACACUGGUUACAUAAACAGUAGGGCCACGGGGAGGGACCAGGUAGGAAGUGCCACUGUGUGAAGUGGGCCAGGUUAAGGGUGGUGAGGAUGUUGGCCAACUGGUACACGUGCCUGGCUGAAAGACACUCAGGCUGAGAAAGUUCAAGCACAUCUGAAAGUGUAUACCCUCUACUAUCAAGUAUUCAUGUAGCCCAUAAAUAUAAUUUCUAUGUAAUGAAUGUGACCUGAGAUUAUUUUGUUAGUUAUAAUAAUAAACUUUUUAAAAUGGUU